UGUCAGCCAGACAUUCGAAGCAUUGCAAUCUCGCAAUUAAAUGACGACGACGACGAUGUUGUUGAUGUGGGUGGCGGUGGAAUUACGGGGAAGCAUUACCGCCAUCCGUCGUUCGCUGCCCACAAUCUCCGAAUUCAUGUUUACUAUCUGAUGGUUCUCCAUCUUUCAAUUUGAAUCUCCCUGGACCUUUGUUUGCUGCGGUUUCGUGGUUGGGUUUCAAUCCCAUGGCAAGUGAAUUGUAGCAGCAGCAGCAGCAGCAGUAGUAGCAGUAGCAGCAAAUUGAGCGUAGCACUGGAAGAGAGAGAGAGAGAGAGCCAGGUUUUUGGUUUUGAUACGUGGGAGUUUUGGGAUUGCGGAAUUGCUCGAUGAUGGAUGCGGUUGGGGCUGAAGUCCUGGAAAAUGGAGGCGGACAUGGAAGAAUUUGUAGGAUUGUGAGGAGGAGCAAGAGAUGCCUCUGAGUUGCUAAAAUUGGAUCCUCGUGGCGUGUCUUGUCAAUUUAGCUUGGACAUGGCUCCUGCUCUUUCCUUGAGCCUUCGUCCGUGUUCUUCUUUUGUAGUUUUUGCUUCUGGCAAGAAUCAAGAUUCUCCUCAGCCACCGCGGAUCACCUCUAAUGUAAAACGCAACCUUCGUCUACUGAAGCUCUUCAAGGAGUUCGCCAAGAAGCAAUCAGGGGGUAAUACAAGGCCCAGCACGAGUUAUCGUAAGAAGCCGGUAGAAAAGCAGGAAAUGCCUGAUGGUGCAGACAAUUUUGUUGACCCAACCACCAAGCUUUAUAACACCAAUGAUGGCUUUGAUUUCGCGACAUCAGUGCUCUUAGUUGAUGGUUACAAUGUGUGUGGCUUUUGGCCAAAACUGAAAAAACAUUUUGCACGCGGUCAACUAGAGACAGCUAGAGACAAACUCAUCCACGAGCUUAUCACAUUCACGCAUGUAAAAGGUCUGAAAGUGGUUUGUGUUUUUGAUGCUGCAAUGUCUGGGUUGCCCACUCAUAAGGAAUGCUUGAACAGUGUGGAUAUUGUAUAUGUUGCUAAUACAGAUGCCGACUCGUGGAUUGAGAGAGAGGUCACGUUAUUAAGGGCAGAUGGUUGUCCAAAAGUUUGGGUGGCCACUUCAGAUACUUUCCAUCAACAUGCGGCGCAUGGCGCGGGUGCUUAUGUCUGGAGCUGCAAAAACCUCAUUUCAGAGAUCAACGAUGCAAAGAAGGAGUUGCAGGAGUUGCUGCAUGAUGAAACAAUGUAUUCUACAAAAGGGAAGCUUUUGGAGCACAACCUGGACCCAGAGGUGCGGGAUGCUCUGCAUGCGUUAAAACAGCAAUUGAAAACCCAAUAACUUUUGCUCGAGAGGAGGUACUUCAUCAUUUGGGAGGUAGUUGUACUUGAAGCAAAUGAGUGCAUUCGAGAAGUUAGGAGACAAAUCCGAUCAGUUCUUUAUAAGAACAAUCAUAGAGAUUCUUAGAAUGCAUGACAAAACCAGGGUACCUGCUUUGGAGUAAGCGCGAUCAUUUUUGCCUUCUCCUCAUUCAAGGUUGAGAUCUGAAUCCCCCCCCUGCUUACGAAGCUCCUGAAGCACUUGAUUAGGUCAAAUGGAAGUGAACAUUUCUGAAGAUGUGUGGGACAUUGUAUGGAACGCUCACAAGAAGGAACGUCUGAGAGGCUAACGGAGUUGCUAAGGCCUUUCAGGAUUUCGGCAGAGUGCAGUAUGUUUGAUAACUAGAAUAGUUUCAGUGGAGUUUUCCCAUCUCAUUAAGUGCACUAGCUAUUUGGGCGUAGAGAUAUUGUAUCAUUCGGUCACAAUUCGAAGACUUAGAAACAUUUUCCAGUGACAGACUAGCAAGGACACUAGUAAUUUUCAAAUUUAGUAUGUGUGAGUAUGUCAAGUAUGCCAACAUUAUGAUGAGUAUUCUAUUCAAUUGAAGAGCCUAAUGAAAUUGAAGCUAA